AUGCAAUUGGAGCUUUCUGAUGGCGGUGCCGACGAUGAGACGUUCGAGACUGUGGACUUGACUAUCAUUCCUCCCAAUACAUCCACCUCGCUUACCUCGCCUGCCGAAGACGGCGCCCCAGUUCAGACAGAGACAGAGAAGCUCUUCAAGGCCAUCUCAGAAUGCUCUAACCUGAACCCAGAUCCAGUCAAUGAGGAGGAUGAGGAAGAGUACGACGAUGACAGAAUAGUGUUCGAAGGAGAUCAGGAGGCGAUUGAGGGUUUCAGCGGUGUCUUCAGAGGUGCUGCUGAUGGAGGUUUGCCGCCUCCAAUGCCUGGUAGCUCUGGAUGGAUCACCGCUGAUAAUGUCCACGAAUACUUCGACGCAGAUGGCAAUUGGAUCGGAGAGGAAGGUGUCAGCGGGGAGCUUGGCGAAGGCGCCGGAAGAGUGCGUGACCGGGACGAAACCGAAGCAGAUGGGGUUAAUGGCCACGACAACGGUGUUGACGGUCAUAGUAAGCGCCCACGAACGGAGUGA